GUCUAUACUGCAUCCUUUGCCUUCUUCGAGGCGCUCUGGGAGGGUGGCGUCAGCCAUGUCUUCGUUAAUCUGGGUUCCGACCAUCCCUCCAUCCUCGAGGCAAUGGUGAAAGGCCAGAAGGAGAAGAACGGCCAAUUCCCACGAAUCAUUACCUGCCCAAAUGAGAUGGUCGCACUCUCAAUGGCAGAUGGCUACGCUCGUCUCACUGGCAAGCCGCAAGCUGUGAUUGUACACGUCGAUGUCGGAACCCAAGGGCUGGGGGCUGCAGUGCACAAUGCCUCCUGUGGGCGUGCCCCAGUUUUGAUUUUUGCCGGACUUUCGCCCUACACUAUUGAGGGAGAGACUAGAGGCUCACGAACCGAAUAUAUCCACUGGAUACAAGAUGUCCCAGACCAGAAGCAGAUUGUUUCUCAAUACUGCCGGUAUGCGGGGGAGUUGAAGACUGGCAAGAAUGUGAAGCAGAUGGUCAACCGGGCGCUACAAUUUGCAACGAGCGAUCCUCAAGGCCCCGUUUAUCUGGUUGGAGCUCGUGAGGUAAUGGAGGAGGAUAUCGAGCCAUAUCAGCUUAUCCAGAAUAACUGGGGGCCUGUGGCACCGGCCGCAUUGCCCCCAUCGGGCGUUGAGCUGAUCACAUCUGAGCUUGUGGCCGCUAAGAACCCGCUGGUGAUUGUUGGCUAUACUGGCCGGAACGCCCAGUCAGUAACGGAGCUGGUGACCCUCGCCAACAACUUCAAGGGCGUCCGUGUCUUGGACACUGGGGGCAGUGAUAUGUGCUUCCCCGCCGACCAUCCUGGAUGGCUAGGCUUGCGGUACCCGGGACAUGAUAUCGUGCAAACGGCCGAUUUUAUCCUGGUGAUCGAUUGCGACGUGCCUUGGGUGCCAACCCAGUUCAAACCCUCCGCUUCUGCUAAGAUUGUUCAUAUCGAUGUGGAUCCGUUGAAGCAGCAAAUGCCCGUGUCCUACAUCCCAUCCAUGGCUACUUUCCGGGCCAAUUCUACUACGGCUCUGAGGCAGCUCAACGAGCAUGUUACCAGCAACAACUCGCUUCAACAUUUCAUCAGAUCCACAGACAACAUCGCUAUGGGCCAGCACCGUGAGAAAGAGUACCUCCAGCGCCGGAAAGAAAUUGCCGAUCUGGCUGUUGUCCCAGCAGGCGGUGGCAGUUCCCCUCUCAAUGUCUCCUAUAUGAUGGCGCAGGUGCGGAAAAGUGUCCCGGUUGAUACCAUAUGGGCAAUUGAAGCCGUGACACUCACCCACCAGGUCGCAGAUCAAGUUGGUGCUACACUACCCAACUCUUGGAUCAACUGCGGUGGAGGUGGUCUGGGCUGGUCAGGGGGUGGUGCACUCGGCAUCAAGCUUGCCUCCGAUGUGCAACACGGUGGCCCGGGCAAGGGCAAGUUUGUCGUCCAGGUUGUAGGAGAUGGAACCUUCCUCUUCUCUGUACCUGGAUCUGUCUAUUGGAUUGCGCGCCGGUACGGGAUCCCAGUUCUGACGAUUGUACUGAACAAUAAGGGAUGGAAUGCGCCGCGGCGCAGCAUGUUACUCGUCCAUCCGAACGGAGAUGGAUCGCGUGCUACCAAUGAAGAUUUGAAUAUCUCAUUUGCCCCGACCCCAGAUUACUCGGGCAUUGCUAAAGCUGCAGCUGGGGGAGAGCUUUGGGCUGGCCGGGCUUCUACUGUCGCCGAACUUGCCCAGAAACUCCCUGAGGCUAUUCAGAGCGUUUUGAGCGGAAAAGGCGCAGUCUUGGAGGCGCAACUAGAUGGAACUGUGGGCAAGUAUGUAGAGCGCUCUAACCUUUAA